AUGCUCGCCGAGCCUGGUCCGUUCAACUUUCGCCACGGAGACGACACCGAAGAGAAAGAUAACGGUGGCGACUCCGGACCGAAUGGCAACUCUGGAUCGAGCGGGAGCACCAAACCAAGCGGCCGGCGCGUCUCCAUUCUGGAUCUCACCGGCGACUCCAGACCGAAAGAGCAGGCUUCUGCACGACCGUCAUCCGGUACGGCCAAGCGUCAACGUGAGGUGCCGGACCAAGUGCAGUGGCGCCCUAUUGCAUGGGGUGCGUCAGGCGACGCUGCUCGCCCGGUCGGCAAGGAGUACCUGAUCGACGAGAAGACUGCGUGCGCCUCCUUGGCCAACCUCCCGAUUGUGCGGCGUAAAGUCCGUACCGACGUCCAGCUGGUCAUGCGCACCGGAUUAACGUAUCACGCUGCCAUGAAACUGCUGGAUAAGGACACGGUGGCCCACGACAUGUUCUUCCCGUUCGAGUUGUCCUGUAUGCUAGCGCGCAUGAUGUUCUGGAAUCGCUUGGACUCCACGUACUGGACGCCGUACGUCCCGGAGAUUUACUACUUGCGCGCGGAGGCGAUACUGGAACGGUGGGCAGACGACUGCGAGACACCGGAAUACUGGCCAAACCUGAUCGACUACACUCAGGAUGACAGCGACUUGCUUCUCGGACCGGAUGACGACGAGGGCGACAGCGAGAGUCGUGACGCCACGUGGGAACCCAGUGCGGAAGAGAAAGCCAAGAUCGCUCGGGCCAAGGCCAGAGAGGAUGAGCUGCAUCCGGUGUCGCCUCUUCGCAGGUCCAAGCGUCGUACCAGUUCGAUGUCGUCACAGUCGGAUUCGGUGUCCAGUGCACCCUCGGUCAAGAAACGGAGGAAGGCCCGACCGAGCGAUGACCGCAAGAAAUCGCCCCUGGCCCGCAAGGACAUGAACGAGCUCAAACCAGAAGAAUUGAAGGUGAUCGAGAAGCCGGGUCCGGGCGUCACGUCUUGGCGUCACAAGGGGAUCCUGACUACGUUCGCACCCAGUACGGUUGAUGGAAGGUAUGGAUCUUGGACACGAAGCUCGGACGAAGCGGAGGGAGGGACGUCGCAGACGGCGAGACCGGAGCGAAGGCACUUGAGGGGUAGAAUGAAGAUUCGAAAGUGA